GGUGAUUUUGGUCUCUCACGGCUGAAAUAUGCAACAUUCCUAACAAGUACCGGAAAUUGAACGUGGAUGGCUCCAGAGGUUAUCCGUAAUGAGCCAGCAGAUGAGAAGUCAGAUGUAUAUAGCUUUGGAGUUGUUCUAUGGGAGCUUGCCACACUAAAAAUCCCUUGGAAUGACCUGAACCCAAAGCAGGUGAUUGCCGCUGUAGGAUUCAUGAACCAACGAAAUGAGAUACCAAAAGACACUGACCCACUCUGGGCAUCUCUAAUCGAGAGUUGCUGGCACAGAGGAAGUGCUUGUCAGCCAAAAUGCCGCCCAACAUUCGAGGAAGUGCUUGAAAAGUUGAAAGCUAUGCUGAGACAUAAUUUUGUUCAAAAGCCAACAUAUGAUAUAUAGGACCUUGCCGCCUUUCUGUCUAGAUAUAUGUAGAACUUUUUUUUGUUAUGCACCACAUUAGGCCAUGGUGAAUGUAAGAGUCAAGUACAAAACGAGUUAGAAAGAGCAGAAGAAAGGUUAAGGAUUAUCCGGAAAAAUCAGGUUUUAACUUUUUAUUUCCUUAAUAUGAUACCACUGUCUGUUGGUUUUUGUGA